GCAAGACCAAUUGAAGUAGAUGAGAUCUUAGCUAAUCUUCAAGCAGACCCUGGACUAAGAACUCGAAUGGCGGAUUAUAGUCCUAAUAUUCGGGAUGAGAUCCGAAGAGCAUAUCUACAAAAGGGACCUUGUCAACCUAGAAGUUAUAAAUUCCCACAAACUAAUCAAUCAGGAAUUAAUAGACGCUUCAUUGCUCAUUGGUUUGAUGAUCAUGAUUGGUUGGAAUAUAGUAUUGCUAAAGAUGCUGCGUUUUGUCUUCAUUGUUAUCUCUUCAAAUCUAAUUUUGAUCAAGUGGGUGGUGAUGCAUUCACUGGGGUAGGCUUCAAUAAUUGGAAGAAGGCGAAAGAAAGAUUUAACCUUCAUAUUGGACCGGUUGGUAGUGUUCACAACCAAGCUAGAGAAGUUGCUUACAAUUUGAUGCAUCAAACUACACACAUUGAAACAAUUGUGAUCAAGCAAACAAGCCAAGCUCGCACGGCUUAUCGCACUUGCUUGAAUGCAUCACUUAAGUGCACUAGGUAUUUGUUGCGGCAAGGGCUUUCUUUUCGUGGUCAUGAUGAAAGUGCACAAUCAAGUAAUAAAGGGAAUUAUUUAGAGCUCUUGCAAUUUCUUGCGGAUCAUGAUGAAAAAGUUAAGGCCGUUGUGUUGGAAAAUGCUCCGGGAAAUUUAAAGUUAAUAGCUCCUUCAAUUCAAAAAGAUCUUGUCAAUUCUUGUGCCAAAGAAACCAUUGAUCUUAUCUUGAGUGAUGUAAAAGAUAGAUAUUUUUCAAUAAUGGUGGAUGAAGCACGUGAUGUUUCAAUAAAGGAGCAAAUGGCGAUGGUGUUGCGUUAUGUGAAUGACAAAGGACAAAUAAUUGAAAGGUUUGUGGGGGUUCAACAUGUAACCGACACUACUUCAAGUGCACUAAAGGAAGCAAUUGAUGAAUUCUUUUCUUCCGCGAAUUUGAGCUUUUCCAAGCUACGAGGACAAGGUUAUGAUGGAGCUAGCAAUAUGAGAGGUGAGUUCAAUGGCCUUAAGACAAAGAUUUUGAGAGAACAACCUUGUGCAUUUUAUGUUCAUUGCUUUGCUCAUCAACUUCAACUAGCUCUUGUUGCGGUAGCAAAGAAAAACAUUGAUGUCAACUCUUUUUUCACAACGGCUAAUAGUUUGGUUAAUGUUGUUGGAGCAUCUUGUAAGCGUCGCGAUGCACUUAGAGCACAAUACCAAGAAGAGCUUGUGAGAGCUUUUGAAGAUGAUUGUCUUAUAACGGGGCGGGGCUUAAAUCAAGAAAGGACUCUCAAACGUGCCGGCGAUACACGAUGGAACUCACAUUAUGGUACGUUGAUUAGUAUCAUUUCUAUGUUCCCAUCUGUGGUGAAUGUGCUUCAAAUGAUUGUUGAUGAUAAUCCUAAUGAUAGUUCGGGUGAAGCCUAUAAGUUAUGGAGAGAAAUACAAUCUUUUGAGUUUGUGUUUCACUUAUUUGUAAUGAAAGCUAUAUUGGGAAUAACAAACACUUUGUCUCUAGCAUUGCAAAAGAAAGAUCAAGACAUUGUGAGUGCAAUGAAUUUAGUGAAAACAUGCAAGGAAAACCUGCAGUUGAUGAGGGAUAAUGAGUUUGAAGAAUUGGUUGAGCAAGCGUAAUGCUCCAAUGAAGACAAAUUAUCAUCGUUAUCGUGUGGAGAUCUUUAUUCAUGUAAUUGAUGGGCAA